GGAGACGCAGGCGGCGAAACGCGAGAGGAGCCGAGCGCCCUCCGCCCAAGGCGCCCUCCCUCGGUCCGCGCACAGGCGCCGUCGCUUGGCGGAGCAAGGUGCCUCCCAGCCCGCAAGGGCAGCGCACCACCCGCAGGCUCUUUGGUGGCUUUGCCCCGGGACUGCACCUGGAGGCGGCCCCGGACGGGGAUGGUCGGCGGCUGCCGCUGUCUGGCACACAGCGGGACGCGGUGAGGGCACCAUGGUGCUGACGCCCGGGUGGGGAUCCUCGGCGGGGCUGGCCCGGCCCGAGCUCUGGCUGCUGCUGUGGGCAGCCGCGUGGCGCCUGGGUGCCACGGCGUGCCCCGCCCUCUGCACCUGCACGGGCACCACGGUGGACUGCCACGGCACCGGGCUGCAGGCCGUCCCCAAGAACAUCCCGCGGAACACCGAGCGCCUGGAGCUCAACGGCAACAACAUCACCCGGAUCCAUAAGAAUGACUUUGCAGGGCUGAAGCAGCUGCGAGUGCUGCAGCUGAUGGAGAAUCAGAUUGGAGCGGUGGAGCGGGGGGCCUUCGACGACAUGAAGGAGCUGGAGCGGCUGCGACUGAACCGGAACCAGCUGCACAUGUUACCAGAACUGCUGUUCCAGAAUAACCAGGCUCUGUCGAGACUGGACUUGAGUGAGAAUUCCAUCCAGGCCGUCCCCAGGAAGGCUUUCCGCGGAGCUACAGACCUCAAAAACUUACAGCUGGACAAGAACCAGAUCAGCUGCAUCGAGGAAGGGGCCUUCCGGGCUCUGCGGGGGCUGGAGGUGCUGACCCUGAACAACAACAACAUCAGCACCAUUCCCGUGUCCAGCUUCAACCACAUGCCCAAGCUCCGGACCUUCCGCUUGCACUCCAACCACCUGUUCUGUGACUGCCACCUGGCCUGGCUCUCGCAGUGGCUGAGGCAGCGGCCAACCAUCGGGCUCUUCACCCAGUGCUCGGGCCCCGCCAGCCUGCGUGGCCUUAAUGUGGCUGAGGUCCAGAAGAGCGAGUUCAGCUGCUCAGGCCAGGGGGAGGCAGGGCGCGUGCCCACCUGCACCCUCUCCUCUGGCUCCUGCCCGGCCAUGUGCACCUGCAGCAACGGCAUCGUGGACUGUCGCGGCAAAGGCCUCACUGCCAUCCCCGCCAACCUGCCCGAGACCAUGACGGAGAUCCGCCUGGAGCUCAAUGGCAUCAAGUCCAUCCCCCCAGGAGCCUUCUCUCCCUACCGGAAGCUGCGCAGGAUAGACCUAAGCAACAACCAGAUCGCGGAGAUCGCACCCGACGCCUUCCAGGGCCUGCGCUCCCUGAACUCGCUCGUGCUGUAUGGGAACAAGAUCACAGACCUCCCCCGAGGUGUGUUUGGAGGCCUGUACACCCUACAGCUCCUCCUCCUGAAUGCCAACAAGAUCAACUGCAUCCGGCCUGAUGCCUUCCAGGACCUGCAGAACCUCUCGCUGCUCUCCCUGUACGACAACAAGAUCCAGAGUCUCGCCAAGGGCACCUUCACCUCCCUGCGGGCCAUCCAGACACUGCACCUGGCCCAGAACCCAUUCAUCUGCGACUGUAACCUCAAGUGGCUGGCCGACUUCCUGCGUACCAACCCCAUCGAGACGAGCGGCGCCCGCUGCGCCAGCCCCCGGCGCCUCGCCAACAAGCGCAUCGGGCAGAUCAAGAGCAAGAAGUUCCGGUGCUCAGCCAAGGAGCAGUACUUCAUUCCAGGCACGGAGGAUUACCAGCUGAACAGCGAGUGCAACAGCGAUGUCGUCUGUCCCCACAAGUGCCGCUGCGAGGCCAGCGUGGUGGAGUGCUCCAGCCUGAAGCUCACCAAGAUCCCUGAGCGCAUCCCCCAGUCCACGGCCGAGCUACGAUUGAACAACAAUGAGAUUUCCAUCCUAGAGGCCACGGGCAUGUUUAAAAAACUUACACACCUGAAGAAAAUCAACCUGAGCAACAACAAGGUGUCGGAAAUUGAAGACGGGGCCUUCGAGGGUGCGGCAUCUGUGAGCGAGCUGCACCUCACGGCGAACCAGCUGGAGUCCAUCCGCAGCGGCAUGUUCCGGGGGCUGGACGGCUUGAGGACCCUGAUGCUGCGGAACAACCGCAUCAGCUGUGUCCACAACGACAGCUUCACGGGCCUGCGCCACGUCCGGCUGCUCUCGCUCUACGACAACCAGAUCACCACGGUCUCCCCGGGGGCCUUCGACACCCUGCAGUCCCUCUCCACGCUGAACCUCCUGGCCAACCCUUUCAACUGCGACUGCCGGCUGGCCUGGCUGGGUGACUGGCUGCGGAGGCGCAAGGUCGUGACCGGGAACCCGCGCUGCCAGAGCCCCGACUUCCUGCGGCAGAUCCCCCUGCAGGACGUGGCCUUCCCUGACUUCAGGUGUGAGGAAGGCCAGGAGGAGGGGAGCUGCCUGCCCCGCCCGCAGUGUCCCCAGGAGUGCUCCUGCCUGGACACCGUGGUCCGAUGCAGCAACAAGCACCUCCGGGCCCUGCCCAGGGGCAUCCCCAAGAAUGUCACGGAGCUCUACCUGGACGGGAACCAGUUCACACUGGUUCCAGGACAGCUCUCCACCUUCAAGUACCUGCAGCUCGUGGACCUGAGUAACAACAAGAUCAGUUCCUUAAGCAAUUCCUCCUUCACCAACAUGAGCCAGCUGACCACCCUGAUCCUCAGCUACAACGCCCUGCAGUGCAUCCCGCCGCUGGCCUUCCAGGGGCUGCGCUCCCUGCGCCUGCUGUCCCUCCAUGGCAAUGACAUCUCCACCCUCCGAGAGGGCAUCUUUGCAGACGUGACCUCCCUGUCUCACCUGGCCAUUGGUGCCAACCCCCUGUACUGUGACUGCCACCUCCGCUGGCUGUCCGGCUGGGUGAAGACCGGCUACAAGGAGCCAGGCAUUGCCCGCUGCGCAGGGCCCCUGGACAUGGAGGGCAAGCUGCUCCUCACCACCCCUGCCAAGAAGUUUGAAUGCCAAGGCCCCCCCACUCUGGCAGUCCAGGCCAAGUGUGAUCCCUGCGUGUCCAGCCCGUGCCAGAACCAGGGCACCUGCCACAAUGACCCCCUCGAGGCGUACAGGUGUGCCUGCCCCAGCGGCUACAAGGGCCGAGACUGCGAGGUGUCCCUGGACAGCUGUUCCAGUGGUCCGUGUGGGAACGGCGGGACGUGCCAUGCACAGGAGGGCGAGGAUGCCGGCUUCACGUGCUCCUGUCCCACCGGCUUUGAAGGACCGACCUGUGGGGUGAACACGGACGACUGUGUGGAGCACGCCUGUGCCAAUGGGGGCGUCUGUGUGGACGGCGUGGGCAACUACACCUGCCAGUGCCCCCUGCAGUAUGCAGGAAGGGCCUGUGAGCAGCUGGUGGACUUGUGCUCUGUGGACCUGAACCCAUGUCAGCACGAGGCCCGGUGUGUGGCCACCCCGGACGGGCCCAGGUGUGAGUGUGCGCCAGGUUACGCAGGUGACAACUGCAGUGAGAAUCAGGAUGACUGCAGGGACCACCGCUGUCAGAAUGGAGCCCAGUGUGUGGAUGAAAUCAACAGCUACUCCUGCCUCUGUGCCGAGGGCUACAGUGGACAGCUCUGUGAGAUCCCUCCCCACCCGCCUGCCUCCAGGAGCCCCUGUGAGGGGACUGAGUGCCAGAACGGGGCCGACUGUGUGGACCAGGGCAGCCGGCCCGUGUGCCAGUGCCUUCCAGGCUUCGGCGGCCCCGAGUGUGAGAAGUUGCUCAGUGUCAACUUUGUGGAUCGGGACACUUACUUGCAGUUCACCGACCUGCAGAACUGGCCUCGGGCCAACAUCACACUGCAGGUCUCCACGGCAGAGGACAAUGGGAUCUUGCUAUACAACGGGGACAACGAUCACAUUGCAGUUGAGCUGUACCAAGGCCAUGUGCGGGUCAGCUACGACCCAGGAAGCUACCCCAGCUCUGCCAUCUACAGUGCUGAGACAAUCAACGAUGGGCAGUUCCACACUGUCGAGCUGGUGGCCUUUGACCAGAUGGUGAACCUCUCCAUUGAUGGUGGCAGUCCCAUGACCAUGGACAACUUCGGCAAACACUACACGCUCAACAGCGAGGCCCCUCUCUACGUGGGAGGGAUGCCCGUGGACGUGAACUCGGCCGCCUUCCGCCUGUGGCAGAUCCUCAACGGCACCAGCUUCCACGGUUGCAUCCGAAAUCUGUACAUCAACAACGAGCUGCAGGACUUCACCAAGACACAGAUGAAGCCGGGCGUGGUGCCCGGCUGUGAACCCUGCCGCAAGCUCUACUGCCUGCACGGCAUCUGCCAGCCCAAUGCCACCCCGGGGCCCAUGUGCCACUGCGAGGCCGGCUGGGGGGGCCUGCACUGCGACCAGCCAGCCGAUGGCCCCUGCCACGCCCACAAGUGCGUCCACGGGAAAUGCGUGCCCCUCGAUGCGCUCUCCUACAGCUGCCAGUGCCAGGAUGGGUACUCGGGGGCCCUGUGCAACCAGGCCGGGCCACCAGCAGAGCCCUGCGGGGGCCUGCAGUGCCUGCACGGCCACUGCCAGGCCUCGGCCACCAUGGGGGCACACUGUGUGUGUGACCCUGGCUUUUCAGGCGAGCUGUGUGAGCAAGAGUCCGAGUGCCGGGGGGACCCUGUCCGGGACUUUCACCAGGUCCAGAGGGGCUAUGCCAUCUGCCAGACCACGCGCCCGCUGUCGUGGGUGGAGUGCCGGGGCUCGUGCCCGGGCCAGGGCUGCUGCCAGGGCCUUCGGCUGAAGCGGAGGAAGUUCACCUUUGAGUGCAGCGACGGGACCUCCUUUGCCGAGGACGUGGAGAAGCCCACCAAGUGUGGCUGUGCCCUCUGCGCGUAGCCGCGUGUGGACCGGGUGGGGCGAGGGCGGGCGAGGGGGGCUGGACCAGCGGCGGCAGCGGAGACGGUGGCGGCAGCUGGGCUGGGGGUGCAGGCCAUCGCCAGGACGGCUCCUGGCAGCUGGGCCCUCUAGGGCGGGUGGUGCCAGAGAGGCCUUUGGAAAGCAAAUCGCGCCGCAGCUGGGGACAGAGGGUGGGCGAGGCCCGAGCUGCGGGCUGCCCUCUCCGGAAGUGCCUUUCACAGAGAGGCGCUUAAUAAAUAUUUGUUGAAUGAAUGUGUGUGUGAGGUCAGGCCAAGAAGUUCAGAGUGGUGACACCCCUCUUUGCUACCUGGGUCUGAAGAAGGGGACCGACCCCUCCCCUAACCAGCCCUUCCCUCUGGCCUGUGGCUCAGGCUGGCCUGGAGCUGGGUCCCCAGCCCCUGAAGCCCCUUCCCUGUCUACAGAUAACUUGGAAGUACUCUUACCCCCGGGGCAGCCAGCCUGGCUCAUUCCACUGCCAUUGCAUCUGUGGGCGGCAGGCCAGGCUGUGAGGGGAAGGGCCUCCUCCUGCUGGCCAGGAAGGGACUGUCCCCUGCCCCCUGGGCUGACUGGCAGUACUGCAGCAACCAGCUGGGAAGGAGGCUAGGGGUGGAGGUGGCUCUUAGGACCAGGCCUCGGCAUCCUAAAGUUACAGGAUGGGCGCUGUAGCUGCAAGGAGGGGCUUACGUGCAGGGAACAGCCACGGGGGCUGCUUGGGCACAGACCCCCAGCAGGGCAGGGGCUCUUGGCUCCAGCUGAAUAAACAUCACCAGCCUCCAGACACUAGCCACAGAGGGCCAUUGGGCCUGGGCUUCCCAGCCACCAGCAAGCCACAAGCUGUCAGUGAGCCACUGGCAGAGGGACAGGGUGUGGGGGCUUGGGUUAGGCUACUUGAUGGGUCCAGAGCCCUUUGCAGGCCUGUGGGGAGCUGUGGGAGGGACGGUGGGCCAGGAGUUAGGACGUGGCCACUGGCUCUGUCACUCUAGGGACACUUUUCCCCUGGCCCUCGGGCUCCCGUGCUGUAAACUGGGGAGGUGGCGACUAAAGGCGCAGGGCAGACUCUCCCACUGCACUGUCGGAAGGAGGCGGGGGUAGGAGACCCGUUUUCACUGAUCACAUCAGCAAGUAUUUAGUGCCUAACCCGGGGCUGGGCACCAUGGUGAUCCACCCUGAUGGACAGAGCUGAACUAACCCCGGAGCAUCGCAGGAGCGGCCAGGACGCCUGGGAGAGAGCUGAGCCGGGCAGGGGCUCCGGCCACAGACCCCGGCCCAGGCUCCAGCACCCACGCUCCGUGCUAGUGAUGAAGGACUCGGUGUUACAUGACCGUCUGAACACGGGCCUUCUCGUCCAUACAGAGUGGAAACGUAGAAAGAUGACUUUUGAGCCCAAGUAGUGAGUUGGCUGAAGGGAGGAAAAGUCACACUCUUUUUUCCCAGAUGUCUUUCCAACAGCGUGAGCCCCUAGGGAGCCCGGGGGGAAGGGAGGUGCACGUGUCCAUUCCCUGGGUCCUCCACCUGCAACCCGAAGGCAGGGCUGGGGGUGUGUCGGGCGGGCUGGAGGGGUUGUGUCUGCGCUCCACCCCGUGGGCAGCGGGCAGCCCUGGUGCUGCUUAGCGGAGGGCUUGCUCUCCCGCGCACAGGGGCCGGCGGGUUCCGUCACACCAGGACUCAAGCCACAACUGAAUCUUGGCAUCCCUGUGACUGGCAGCGGGCCCCGCCCUGCCUGCCUGGGGAAGGGUCCUCUUGGUGGGAUGUGCCCCUCACCCGGGGACUGGGCUAUGUUUUCCAGUAGCUCUGAGCAAGGCCACGGUACCCACCCCCAGGGGACUGAGCAGCUGGGUUGCCCUGCACAACGUCCCUCUCACGUGCGCAUUUCUGGGCCUCUGUGGGACCCCGGAGAGCAACCGCACCACGCUGAACAGGGCAGCAAAGCUCAAAGGCAGCCAGCUUGUCCCUUCCCUGGAAGGAACGUGUCCUGGGACUCACCUAUCCUGAGAAAGGUGGCUUCCAAGGCCACCACUGUUCUGGCAAGGGCCAGAACCUUCUUCCAGGGCCACCACUGACUGUUAAGAGGCCUCUUCCCCCUCGGAAGGUGGAAAGGGCACUGCAGCUGGCGAUGCCCAUGCCCUUUGGCACCAUGGGGAUGGGUGAGAGGCUGGCGGGUGUGUUCCCAGGGAGCACGUGAGCUCAGGGCCACCCCAGCCGCCAGCCCAGCACAGCAGCACCGCUCCCCAGUGGAGGCGGGUGAUGGGACCCGCCGAAGGGUGAGGUGAGAGCCGUGUGCCCAGGGCCAACCUUCCCUCGAACGUGGCCACCAGCCGGCAAGUCGCCAAGGACCUGAGCCAUCAGUCAAGUGGCCUGUUCGCAUUCAGGCCAAGUCCCGGAGGACGGCUCUCUCUCGUGACGCCGUCCCUCUGGGAAAUGCUCUCCACCUCCUGCCCGCCAUGGCGAAGACCCUCGGCUCGCUCUGCGCCUGCCGCUGCUGAAGGGACACAGCAGGGCACGGCCCACGGGAGCUGCUGCUUGGGCAGCGUCACUGGCGGCAGCACCGGGCUCCCCGCCAAGGUGUCGGGGAGUGGAAAAGGCCGGACUUCGUCUCCUCUUUGCCUGCUGUUAGCCUAACCGCGAAAGUGUCUCUUUAUACAGAAUACUUACAGAUUCUAAUAUAUAUUUGUAUUUCAUUUUGUUAUAGUAUUUUUAUAUGUUAAAGUCAACAUCCAGUGUCUCCUUUUGAUUUUCAGAUGCUCUGUGGUUGUGACAUGCUCUGUUUGGGGUUUCUGUAAUCUCGUUUGGAUGGACUCUUGUAGAGACUGGUUUAGCACAGGCUCGUGAGGGAGCUACACCCGCCCUUUCCCUAGACGUAUGGUUUCAGGAUAUGUCGAUAUUGUCUGUUGUCUUCCAUGUGAACAUGACAUCGAUUCACUCAGA